CCGCCUAGGUGAAAGGUUCGGCAGAUGCAGCGUAUGCACGAGAAGAGGGAAUACUCGACGUCGUGACGAAGCUUGGCGUGCGCGUUUCGCCCCGGCGGGCGAGCAGAGCUGUCGUUCGAAUGGGCGAUCGGUGACGGAGCGUGUUACGGACUGCCAUGGGGCGGGAACUGCGGGCUCAACGCUCAAGUUGCGCGCAUCGUUCUUUCUUCUUUACAUCGAGUAAGAGCAGCACGGGCUGACAUGUUAUGACUUACACACCGGUAUUGUCACAAAGAAAAGAGGCUCGCAAUGCCUGCUCCUGCACGAGACAAAAGUAAAGGGAAAGCGCGAGCUGUUGACCCUGUCACCGCAAGGACCUCGCCAUCGCCGUCAGCGUCGCAGCCGCAUUCGCUGUACUCCGCGCAGGAGCCAUCUCCGUCACAGAGGAAAAAGCGCGGACGCAAGCCAGGCCAAAGUAUCAAGUCGCGCCGCGUCCUGCGUCUCAACGAUGAUCCGUUUGACUCCUAUGCGUCCUUCGCAUAUGGAAGAGCGCCAGCGAACACUGCAGAAGGCGAAGCACCACCGCCUAGCCUGCGUCCGAUCGACAAUGAGGAUCCAUUCUGGUUUUUUACGGCGCGCCAACUGCGAAGGCAAUCUGGUUCAAGUGGAAGGCACGAGCUCUCGCAAUCUACACGAGACAAUACCCAGGUUGGCGGAGACCAAAAUGAAGAGGGCUCUGAACAAGCCGAGAGCAGCUCCUCUGCCGGAGCUCAGUUGCAGAAUGGGGUUGCGGCUUCAACCUCUGUGCAAUCACCAGCAUCUACAUCUACAACGGUGCCAAGGUGGAUGGCGUCAUUGACAGCCGAAGAAAUUCAAUCACGGUACCUGUACCGUGCACUGGAGCCCGAUAUUUUGUGCCUCAUGCCCAACUCUGAUCUGAUGAAGAGCAUACACGCGUACGCAGCGCAGCUGUACGCCGCUGCCGGAUUCCUGUCAGAGACGGACAGUCUACGUUCGCAGCCUCAUCCUCUGCCAAGUGAUCGCAAGGCUCAAAAGCGCAAGCCCAAGCAAAAAAGGCAAAAAAUGCAGACUCGCAAGCGGAGGCAGAAGAAGGCGAUUGUAGUUGAAGGAAACGCAGCGGCUGGAAAGACGGCCGAGAGCUUUGAUGAGUGGAGGGUCGAGAGAAACCAAGUCGGUGGUGCGAGAGACAGUGAUCGCAAUGGCGUUUCAGAUGCCGAGGCUGUGCCUGGUGGAAGUCAACCAGAUACAGCCAAAGAGUGUGAAGAGCAACCUGAAUUUAACUCUUCCUCGUCAGACGUCUCCGAUUAUGGAUCCAUUGGCUCAGAAUGCGAUGACGACACGGACCUCGUCGAAGGUGACCCUUGGAGCGAGUACAUACGAGCGCUCGAGGCAGCCACCAGAGCAAAACGCAAAUUACAGCGGAUCGAUGGGCGCGUACAUGCGUACAGAAGCAGUAGAGCGCAAGGUCGGGUUUCUAUACGACGCGGAAGCCUUCAAGCAGGCGAUACAGAUCCAGGCGGUGUGGAAAACGAAAAUUCGGAUGACGACGCAAGCGAAGGCGGUUUUCUGCCUGAGGAGGACGAGGAAAACCAGCUUCAGGAGCUACAAGCGCUGCAAGCGCAUCGAUCGAGACGCGCUGCAGGAUGGCAGCGCAGCAGAGAAGAACUCCUGCGGACCAUGCAGCAUGCGAACCAAGCUCGCGGCCGGCCAAAAGCAGUAGUGAGCCACGCCCAUCUUUCGCCCCCCCGUUCCUCUCAACCUAUAGCAGAACAGAUGUCGGAAGCUCGAGUGCUUAUGCACCCACACGAGGACUACGACGAUAUCGAAGACUUGCCUUUGGCUGCUACUGCUGCUUCGCUCCACUCGUCUUUUGGGACCGGUAAAACUCAAAGCGUGAAUAUGAACCGCACACUGGAUGGUAGUGCACUGGUCGCGCUGGCAAUCUUCGUCGAGGAGUGUAUCGCAGCGGAUUUGCCUCUUCAAGUCCAUGAUCAACUGACAGACGAUGACACCGGGCAUCAGAGAACGGGAGGCGGGGCCGACAUGCAUGAACAUCACAUCAACCCGGAUCUUCUGUCCUUUUUUUCGAGCGCGGUGUUCCAGAACCAAGUCUUCCCGGGAGUCGAAGCGCUGCCACUUGUCACAGCGCCUGACAGAGUCCAAGGCGACAUCGCCUCAGCAUCAAGGAGGCAACAGGAUGUGACCCAGGUCCGCCGACAGGAGAAACGCAGGAUGAUAACCGCUGCCAGCCCUGAACGCCUUUUCCUCGGCAGUGUCUCCGGGCAUAAUAGCGCAGGACGCGACGAAAUCGACGUGCUGGCCGAGGUCGCUGACGAAGACGGCAAUGUCUCCGAAGAUGGGCGGCCCUCCCAUCAGGCUACGAGCAGCGCUGGCGAGGUCAGCGAUGGCUUUGUGUGAAGGAUGCAUCAGAAGUUGCAGGCUAGAGCCUAGAACACAUCGUCACAGCGCCACACAUCAAUCGAUCAACGCUCUCUAAAUAUAAAUUGCAAGCUAGCCUGAUAUGCAUGAAACUGCGGCCGCUAGUAAGCAGUCAAAUGGGGGCAAAUGUCGACGGUACACAAAAUAUGCCAAUACUGGGCGCGAGCGGUGCGCUGUUGCGUGACAUGGCAUGCGCUAAAGUAGAAGAACAGUGUAAAUGCCAUUCGAUUUACUGCGAG